AUGGACGGGGACGAUUCCUGGGAUGUGGCACUUCGGCCUCCGGGACCUCCGAUCUCCACGAAGCGAGAUGAGGUUGAGCCAGCAAGCAUGCGAAGGCACCUUUGUUGCAUGCUGCUUUGGGAUUGUUUGGUCACCAAUGGGUGGGAACGAGACCUGGCAGAAGAGAUACUGACGAGAGGACUUACAUCUGCAAGGUUUAAAAAGGACGUUAUGCAGUUUUUCAGGUCAGAGAAGUAUUCUUCCAGAGCUGCUCUUGACAUUGGUGCCGGGGAGGGAACAACCACUGCAGCAUUGGCUGUAAAUUUUGCUGUCGUCGUUGCCGUUGAGAAAUAUUGGAACAGUUCCUGGAGUGGUGGCCUUCGUUUAGACUCGAACCGUCUCUUGAAAAGAGACGGCAGCAAAAUAACAAAUAUCGUGCGGCUUCAUGUUGACACUCUUUUGUCCGGUUCCUUUGCCCCUCUUGCCCAUCAGAACUUCUCGGCUGCUGUCAUUGAUGCUGAUCACGGAGCCACAGGGGUUAUGCGAGACACGUUCAAUAUUUUGCGCGGACUGCCUUGCUGCGUGGAAACGAUAAUUUACCAUGAUUAUUGCGAUGAGAUAGUUUAUGCGGUCGUCAAUGAGUUUGUACAAGCGGGACUCUUGACAUUUCGUUCAGCUAUGGGGGAGCCCAAAUGGCAUUACUGGUGGUGCAAGGACGACAGGCCGGAAGGUGCCGCCAUGAAGGUACUGUGGAAUCCCUUCCAUGAGUUUCAGGAGCGUCUUGAGCGACUGUACCGGCAGUUCGUGGGCUGGGAAGGAUCAAUGCAGGAAACACUGAACGGAAGCACGUGGCUGCUUCUUCCGGCUGCUGCUUCCCAGAUGUUCGUGCUGAAGAUUGGGUUUUGGCCCAGCAUGUCGUAUGUCAGUUCCGUCACGAGCGAUUUCGACCACAUCAAUGUCAAUGGCCCUGCUGCAGGCAAGCUUCGUGCGUUUCGGGCAGGAUACGCAGAGGUGGUGCCAUGGGAUAUGCCUUUCUUGUCAAUUGUUGCAAAACAUGGUGGGCGGCGACAUGUGCUGUGGGCUGAGCUGGAUCGGGAUCUAAGCUUAUUGCGUCUACACGCGCCAACAGACCAUCCAGUGCGGUGCCAUCCCGGAUGCAUGGGCAUCAGCUUUCGACAGAGGGUCAGCUGGGCGAAACAGAUAGACCAUCUUCUGAACGUCGACGAAAGGCUCGUAGCUGCAGCAAAAGAACCCAGGCAUCAUAUUGCAAGCACUCAAUUCAACAGACUUUAUGCUCUUGGUACCGAUGCUGGCACGGCGGGUACUGCCACCGCUAGCCAGAGCAUGGGGGUGGGUGCCAGUUCAGACAGCGACGUCCGUGACGACCAUGCAGCGGCGAGUCGAGUGCACCAUCUGCUCAGCGACGCGGAAUACUUCCAGCAGGCUUUCGCAGAGGUAUGGCACCACUCUGGUGGCUCCAACAAGGCCAGCAAGGGCGAGUUCAUGCAG